AUGGAACGUCUAAGUCGCCGUUUGUUUCCACUUGGGGAACUGAUCGAUGGCGGUGGCGAAGUUUGGCGCCGGUCGAUUGAAAAUGUUUCUGAAGUGAUUGGCUCAGUGCUUCGGAAUCGGCGAUUCCUCUAUCAGAAACGUUGUUAUCUCGGAGCUGAGAAGCAGCUCGAUCACGUUGCUGGGGAUGCCAUAGACGUCCUUGAUGGAGACGAAGACCUUCUUCAUACCCUUGAAUUUUCUCGAUCUUACAAUACAUCCAGGCAUCCUGCAUCUCCCGCAACCAUUUCUGCACCGAGCGGCGUUCGUCCGACGGUCGAUGUAGGCUUUGUGCAGUCUGUGCUUAUUGCCAAGUAG